ACAGUUAACACCCCCACUUUGGGCCCCAACCAAAGGCUGGUGAGAUGAGAUGCAGCCGGGAAAAAAGUUCACACUCGGCGCACUUUAGCAACUUUGGUGGUUCCACUCCCAGCUGAUUUUUGUGUCCUCAAAUCAGAUGGGGAUAAACUUUCUUUACUUUUUUCAUAUUUACUGCCCCAAAAUAUGAACCCUAGAAAUCUUGAAAAUUACUCAAUAAGUACUUUCAAUUUUGAUACAACCUUUCAAUCCUGUUACAGCCUCCAAGAUUCUUAAGAUUUUGUCUGAUUUUGUUGGUGCUAGGUGUUUGAUUUUUCUCAAAGUUUCAAACUUUAAGGCAAUUCAAGCACAAAGUUCCCUUUAUUGAGGUAAGUGAGUUCUGGGUAUGUUUUAUUGGAAUUUAAUAAGCUGAAAAAGAGAUGUUCUAUUUUUUUUAUUUUUUUUUUAUUGAUUUUGGUUGUUAUUAAAGUGUUUGAUUUUGCUCAAAAUUCCCAACUUUAAGGCCCAUCAAGCUCAAUCUCCCUUUUUUGAGGUAAAUGAGUUAAAGGGUAUUUCGGAAUUGAAACUUAAUCCGCUGAAAAUGAGUUGUUCUUGUUUUUUCAAUGGAUAUUGGGUUUUUAAGGGUUUUGAUUAAGUCUCCGGCUUUAAGGCAAUUCAAGCACAAAGUUCCCCUUUUUGAGGUGAAGGGAUUAAAGGGUUUUCCUUUUUAUUGUAUCUAAUCCCUUAAAAAUAGAAGUUCUUGUAUUGAUUUUGGGUUGUUGUAGGCAUAUUUUCAUGAUUUUGAUUAAUGUGUUUUGCUUGUAUUUGAGAUUUUUUCGAAUGAGGUUUUUGUGAUGUGGUGCUGGAGAAAAUUAUCAUCUAGUUGUUAAGAAUGAAAUGUUAAUUUGGAGUUAAAAUGGAUUAAUUUUGAUAAAGGAAACAUUGUGCUUAGAAUUUGGAAUUUUAUGUUGGACUCUCUCUAAUAAGAGGGUAGAUAUUAGUGUGCGGUGUUAGUAGUCGCUUGGUUUCUUGAGCUUGAAUGGAUGACAAUGAGGAUAAUGGGAGAUAUCCUCCCAGCCCUUAUGGCAUGAACCAAGGUUAUGGGUCAUCCAAUCGCCAGAAACUUCCUGCUCGCGACACGUCUUAUUCAAGGCAUGUUGAUGAUCAGUAUGUUGAGGAGGCGGAUAAUGAUGAAGAUGUUGAUGACGAAGAAGAAGAAGAAGAAGAUGAUGAUGACGAAAAUGGUGUUCAGCGGAUAGGGAAAGAUGUGUUUGAGGAUGACGAUGAUGAUGAUUAUGGUGAUUCGCAGAGGCAUCAAAAGAAGAGGAAGUUAAAGAGCUUGUUAUCAAGUUAUGAGUUUGCACCUCGAGUACCACCACCAUCCAUUGCAGUUGCAACCGCUCCCAAGCCUUCAUUUGGUGGGAGGAAUCCUCUUUCUGAUUGGUCUGAACACGAGACGUUUAUUUUGCUGGAAGCGUGGGGGGAUAGGUUUGUUCGACAUGGGAGGAAGAGUCUUCGAUCAGACGAAUGGCAAGAAGUUGCAGAGAAAGUGUCACAGGGAUCAAAACUUGAGAGGACAGACACCCAAUGCCGUAACCGUUUGGAUACUCUAAAAAAGAAAUACAAAAAGGAGAAGAUGAAGUUUGCGGAGAAUGGAAGUAACGCCAGUAAGUGGGUGUACUUCAAAAAGAUGGACAUGUUACUAACGUCAACUCCACUACAAGCUGGCAUUUCAUGUGGAGUGGACUCCGGUGAGUAUGUUUUCAUGAGCCCCAAAGUUUAUUUGAAUCGUGCCAAUGGUUUGGAUGAGAUGAGGGACAGUCCUGCUAACUCGGGAUCUGCUGAUGGUGACGAUGAUGAUUCUGAGGAUCUUCCACCAAAAAGAUCAAGAAAUGGACAACCGGGAAGGAGUGGUGCUUCUUUCAAACUAAUAGCAGAUUCUAUUCAUAAAUUUAGUGAGAUAUAUGUGAAGAUUGAGAAUAGCAAGAGACAACAAAUGCUGGAACUGGAGAAAAUGAGGAUGGACUUUCACAGAGACUUGGAAAUGCAAAAGAGGCAGAUUGUGGAACGAGCACACGCAGAAAUCGCAAGAAUACGCCAAGGAAGUGAUGAAGAUAAUGACAUUUCUGCUGAAAAUGUUAGUGGAUGAUUUAGGCGGAUUAUCUCUAUUCAUCGCUUGUUGGCUAUUUUCAAUUGUUGUAUUAUAUCUUGCAUGUUAUUCUCUGACCGUCCUGCAGAAUAUGCAAGACAAUAAGCUUAAUGUAGUGUAAGAAUGUAUUUGGAUGUAGUUUCAGCAGCUAUAAUAACAUUAUAUAGAUCACAACUUCCGUACUAUGAAAAUCUUCUUUUAUUACUAUGGAAAUUGUCUGUAAACCUAAACAACUCUUGCCGAAUAUAUAGCUGCUUUGUGGUUUAGCACUUA